AUCAGACCUUCCCUGAGCUGCUUUAUAGGCUAAUCAUCUAAAAGUCCAGUGGCCUUCAAGAUUUUUGUCAGUCCAUCUCUAAUAUAUCUUUUCAUAUGGAUCUAGGAGUCUUUUAGCGUGAAGAUGGACUUGGCCCUGCGCCUACGAUCUUUUUGGCAGGACCAAAAACGUUGCAGAAACUUCCUUCCACUAUCACCAGCAGAUGCAAUGGGCUAUGUAACUUGAGCAGGGAUUCGAGGCAAGCUACCCGUGGUUGGGCUCCGCUGAGAAUCUGAGAUCAUCUUAUCAGUAACUAGUAAAAGUUUAAACACGUUAUACACAAGACAGCAGCAACAUUUUCUAUAUCGGAUCGGAUGUGAUGAAACUAAUGUAAAUGGCGGGAUUAGAACGAGAGAGCUUGCAGAAAUGUCGACACCGUGUGUACACAAAAUGGCGGGGCCAGUUUUUAUCAGCACAUGCUGUCGACAUCCUACUGACACCACCAUCUUCUCAGGGCUCGUACUCCACAGAUCUAUUUAAACUAGAAGCCACAAAUCCAAGUAUUCGAAUACAAUGCCGGGAUUCAGAAAAAACAGCGAAGGAGAAACUCGCGGGAGUGAGCCUGGGAACACAGGAAAACUUAUCCCACAGGAGCUGCAUGGCUGGAGCCAUAGGACAUGGUUUUGGAACUUUGCUGUUUUGCUUUUUCGCUUUCCCGAAUCCGAUUGAAUACCAUUUCUCAGAUUAUCCUAAUCGAACACUUUUAUCCAUGACAGUGAAACCGUUCUGCUGCUUUGCAGGAACAGAACAGAGUACGUACAAGAUGUUGGACUAUGGAGUCAGAUCUAUACUUAAUUGGCCUCCCUACUCUCCGUGUUUAAGUGUGGGGCGGUUGUGUUCUUGUGCUUUUGACCUUUCUGAGAUGGUGAAGAAAAACUCUUUGUAGGCGUGGAUGUAGGAGAAUUUUGUGUCUGAACAUGAAAAAAUAAUCCUUGUGUCUUCUUCUUCGUUCCUUCUCUUGCUGUCAAGAGAGAGAGAGAGAGAGAGAGAGACUCCUUUUUAGCAGAUGAAAGUCAGGAGGACCCUGGUUUGGUCUAUAUAUAUUCAAGGCUUUGAAACUGAUUAUGGUUGUCAUUUUUAUACUGGAUUGACAUGAAAUAGUUUUGCAAGCCACAGGUAUGAUGAGAAAACUUUUGGAGAAGCAUUUGACGAUGCCUUGAACUCUAUUCCAUCUCCAAACUCUUUGGCAGCAUGCCAGCAUCGCAGUAGAAAGUUGGGCCCUUUGAUUUUCGUCAAAUUUGUUACAUGUGGACUAUAGCCUAUAUGGUCGAUGAUCCUGUUGGCUGCAGUCAUCGAAGGAAGAAGCUUGCUUGCAUCUUCUCAUGGCAGAAAAUCGGUUUGAAUCAAAUGUAUGACGGCCUUUUAGAACACCUGUUCUCUCUCUUUUCUUGUCGGUGUAC